UGUAAACAUACAUGAACUGAUCGUGAAUUAUUCCUCAAGGAUUCCGAGUUCAAUCACAGCUUUUCAGGCAGAACGUCCAAGAACACCGAUAUCAUUUUCUUGUACAAUACGAAUGCUCCAUUUCGUGAAGGAAACAAUAUUGAUCUUAUUGGUAGAGAAUCUCUCUAAGCCUAUACCAGAAGCAGGAGCUUCGUCUAGCCACUCUCUGAUUGCAAAAUGGAAGCUCCCACUCCCCAGUCGAUGUUCACCAAAUUUCCAGAACUGCCUAUCGAGCUCCGUCUCCAGAUCUGGGGCCUAGCAUCUCAAGUAACUCGAGCUCUAGAGCUAGAAUACUGCAGGGCGGACCGCCAAUUCUUCGUCUCCCAACACGUCCCCAGCGUCCUACACACCAACUCAGAAUCACGAGAAGUCGGACUCUCCCACUACCACCUCUCCUUCGGCACCGAGAAGCACCCUCCAGCAACAUACUUCAACCCAAUCUACGACAUCGUGUAUUUCGGCACCAGACAAAACCUCAUGGACAUCUCAUUCAUGGUCAAGCAUUUCUACAAGGUAGCGAAAGACCUCCAACCUCGAGACCAGAUCCAACGCCUCGGCAUCACCGAAACUUUGUGGGCGUCCUGCAGCAAUGACAGUAGUCCCGUCUUCUCUAUCAUGCUUCCGAGGGACCAACCACCAAGGUCCAGCAUCUCGACAUUCUUAUCAGCCUUUCCUCAACUGAGACAGCUCAUUUUCGUUUGCAGACCGCAGGAAGAACCGGACUGGGAGAGCGAGAUCGAAGAUAAGUGGGAAGACUAUUCUGGGGUUUCUUUGAUUGAGUCAGAGGACAAUCAUGAGGAUCUGCUUACAGACGAGAGGUUCGACUUGCGGAAAUUUCACACCCACCUCUCGGAAAGAAACUUAGCUACGCCAGAAGAUCCCGGUCCAAGUCUGAAGUUUAUGGAGUAUGGAUUUGCCUGAUUUGUAGCCGUUUUAGUACAAUCAUACAUUUUGUAGUUAAAGCGCGAAAUAAUCCUGUAGGAAGAAUUCACUCCAUGAGAGUGGAUCGUUUAAGGUCGUGGAAAAGGAAUGCAUUUAAACAAUUCUCUUCACAAGUCGCUUCGCCGUCUACCGGCAUGCAAGCCUGAC